GAGAGCGCUUGCACAUCCCCCUUCUCUUCAGAAUGCGCUCKGCUAACUUUGGGCCAGCAUACAAGAUACCGGUCGCACGCUCACAGAACUGAGACUUAAGGUUAAAGGAGGCCAUUUGAAAUCGAACCUUCAACAUCAUUCUCACUCCAGGUCGACCGCAGAAGACUGUGGACAAUAGUUGUCAUCAAAUUCAAUUUUCAACAAUUGUUCUUGGGCUCUGGGACUUUUAUGAGAAAUGAACCGAGAAAAACUGAUGCUGUUUCAAUGUGUGCUCCUGUUGUGCCUGGGCACCUGUUUAAGCCAAAGGGACUGUACAGGCGUGGAUUGUCCAGUGUUGGACAACUGCAUUGAGGAGGUUUUGGAGAAGGGCGCUUGCUGUGCCACCUGCGUUAAAAUAGGAUGCUCAUGUGAAGGUUACCAGUACUAUGACUGCAUCCAUGCAGGCUUCCGGAAUGGGAAAGUUCCAGAGGGAGAAUCUUACUUUGUGGAUUUCGGAAGCACAGAAUGUUCUUGUCCACAGGGAGGCGGGAGGAUCGGGUGCCAUUUCAUCCCGUGUCCCGAGAUCCCUCCCAACUGCAUCACUGUCGUGGAGCCUGCGGAUGGGUGUCCGCAGUGUGAGAGCAUCGGUUGUGUCCAAGGCAACCAGAAGUAUGAAGCGGGCCACUCCUUCCAGAUGGACCCGUGUCAGGUGUGUCACUGUCCUAACGAUGGCGGGAGCCUGAUGUGUUCUCCUAUCCCUGACUGCGACCCUCGUAACAUUAAGAAGCCUAUGUUAGCAACAACCAGACAGAACAACAACCCUCUGAGAGACCUCAGCAAACCGCAUGACAAUAAACAGACAAGCCCAUUAGACCCAUUCGCCCCCGGUAACACCCUACCUCUUUACAAAGAGGACCCACCUGUCCUGGAUGAAGAUGAGGAGUAUGACUACACACUGCCUGACCCCUCGUCUACUAUACCACAAGACCCGGUCCAGCCAACAGAAUCGACCACAGUGUCACCAUCCUAUGCUGAGACAAGCUUUCCUACUUAUGAGAUCUUUAAUGACCUGAGGCAGGAGCUGAGAGAGAGACUGGGAACAUAUGAUCAGGAGAGAAGAGAGGAGGUGACCGUUACCGAGGAUCCACAUCGCAUGGACCAGACCACCUCAAAGGCCCAGGGGGAGUCAACAACAUCGACAACAACAACUAAACAGGAAGUUACUUCAGAGAGCCACAGGCGUCAACAGGAAGUUGUUGACCGGGAAAGCAGGCAUCACAGAGAUGGUGACAUAGUGAUGAAAAGUGACACUUCGAAGGACGUCACACAAACUGUCCGUAGUGACAAGGGAGUGAGACACACUGGCCGCCACGAACACAGAGACAACCAAAGCAGUCACCAGCAUGAUGGCAGUCGUUCAUCCCAAAGCUACGGGCGGCACCAUGAGAAGCACCUUGAGGAGCAUCUUGAGGAGCAUCUUGAGGAGCAGCGUGAGGAGCCCACAAAGCCCCAGAGUAAACUUGACCAGGAGCUUCUCGCAGUGAAGUUCAGCCCGACCAGCAGAGCUCCUGUCAUGAGGGAGGAAGGAGACCAGCCAGCCAGGAGACAGUCCCAGGUCCUCUUCAACUACCAGGGCCCAAACAAUCAGUCUCGAAACACUGAGGUUUCUUCCAAGGAGUUGGUGGAGACCUGCUGUGAGACAGGGGAGAAGUGGGCCUCAGCCAAUGGCCACUGCAGCAACAUGGAGCUCCCCAGAGAGGACAGACACUCCAUCUGUCGGACGGCUCAGAGACAGUGCUGUCUUGGCUCUCUGAAGGAGAGUCACUGCUUCUCUGGUAUGAAUGCAGCCAGAGAAGGAGCUGUGUGUGAGGUGGACAACAAUGACCAGUGUGGAGCUAACUCCUACAAGGAGUGUUGUAGCUGCUGCUCUCUGGGGCUGAGGUUCCGUAGCGAGGGCCACCGCUGUGAGGCUCACCAGUACCUGGGUUACCCCUGCAGCCACGUCUUCCUCACCUGCUGUGAGGGAGAGGAGAGGGAGGCAGGGGAGGAGGGAAAGGGAGGAGAAGGAGAUGGCUGGGACAACCUCAAAGAAAGGCCCGCACUGGCCCCCACUGCAGUGCCAAAAAGAGUGUCAGACACCCCGUUCCCUAAAGAGGCCUUCUCCAUCGGGGAAGAGGAGGAGCAAGAGAGGGAGAACACGGCGGAGGGCCCUCCAGAGAUGGAGGAUGUAGACGAGUGUCAGGUGUACCAGAGCACACUGUGCCACCACAGGUGUAUCAACACCCCCGGGUCCUUCAGGUGUGCCUGCUACCCUGGCUAUGUGCUGCAAGAGGACGCGGCCAGCUGUGUACCAGAGACGGUGGAUGAAGAGAACAGACUGAGAGAGGAUGACAGGCCAGAAGUUGGGUCUACCUCCACCGCACCCCCCACCACUACAACCCCUGUCAACCCCUGUGAGGGUGAGUACAACCUCACUGUAGGCCAGGGUGGUGCCUUUCUACUGUAA